AAUGUUUUGCUUCAAAUGUUACAUGCUAUAAAUUGCAGGUACUAUACCGAUCCAUCUGGCACAUUCUGGCAAUGCAAUGCAAAAGCAAUAGGAUCUGGAUCCGAAGGAGCUGAUAGUUCUCUUCAAGAGCAAUACAACAAGGACCUGUCCCUUCUGGAAGCUGAAACUAUAGCUCUUUCCAUCCUGAAACAAGUCAUGGAAGAAAAGGUAACCCCUAAUAAUGUUGACAUUGCAAAGGUGGCUCCUACUUACCAUCUAUAUACACCUGCCGAGGUUAAAGAUGUCAUUUCUCGCCUUUGAUCGGCAAGGCCAUUUAUCUUGUUAUCUGCGUUUCUUCGUACUUCAUACUACUUGCUAGAUUGCUGUUUAAUUGUG